AUGGAUAAAAGUUGGCUAAAUCAACAUAGGUUGCACCCGGAAUACAUACAAGGGGUUAAGGAAUUUAUUAAAUUUGCAUGCGAAAAUAAGCCGUUGUUGAAUGAAGUCACAUGCCCAUGUAAACGGUGUCGUAAUGUCAAAUUGGUGGAGAAAGGCCUGUUAGGGGAACAUUUAAUGAUCAAUGGGUUUCUUCCAAGUUACACCAGUUGGAUUUUUCAUAGGGAGAAUUUGUCAUCGCCUGUGCCACACAAUGUGAAUGUUGGGCAAACUGAUUCGAACGAUGGUGAUGAAACGUAUGAAAUGCUAUACGAAGGAUUUGGACUUCCUCCACGAAGCUUUAUUCACGAGGUAGCAAGUUCUGGUAUUAGACAAGGUCCGGAUGAGAAAACCGAAAAAUUCUUCAAUUUAUUGAAAAAGGCCGAAAGAGAGUUGUAUCUUGAGUGUCAGAAGUUUUCAACGCUUUCAUUUAUUGUUCGGUUAUUGCACAUCAAGUGCCUUAGUGGAUGGAGUGACAAGUCUUUCACGAUGUUGCUCAAGCUUUUGAAGGAUUCGUUCCCAAAGGGUGAAACUUUGCCGAAGUCAUUUUAUGCAACUAGGAAACUUCUUAGGGACUUGAGCCUCGAUUAUCAUAAGGUACAUGCAUGCCCAAGGGAUUGCUCACUAUAUCGGAAGGAAGCAGCUGGUAUGGAUGAUUGCAUAGUGUGUCAUAUGCCUAGAUACAAACAGUUCGAGGGGGAGGAGAAUGAUGUUAAGAAGAAGCAACAAAGAAUUCCACAUAAGAUUUUUGCGAGUGAGCCUCGCAAUGUCAGACUGGGUUUAACAGCGGAUGGAUUCAAUCCAUUCAAGGCAAUGAAUGUCUCUCAUAGCAGUUGGCCAGUUAUUAUAAUGCCAUACAAUUUGCCACCAUGGUUGUGUAUGAAGCAGCCUCAUAUGAUGAUGACAUUGCUCAUCGAUGGUCCUUCUUCGCUUGGAAAUAAUAUUGACGUCUACUUACACCUUGUAGUGGAUGAAUUGAAAGAACUAUGGGAAAAUGGUGUUGACACGUAUGAUGCGGAAACUAAUCAGAUGUUCCGAAUGCAUGCUGUGUUAUUGUGGACUAUAAAUGAUUUUCCUGCCUAUGCAAUUUUGUCUGGAUGGAGCACAAAAGGCGCUUUAGCUUGUCCUUGUUGUAACACACAUACUCGUUCUCGAUAUUUGAAGAACGGAAGGAAAUUAUGUUACAUGGGGCAUCGUCGCUGGUUGAAUGGGGGUCACAAAUUUUGGAAAGCUAGUGCGUCUUUUGAUGGCACUCGUGAAUUCGAACCAUGCCCAACUCGGUUAUCAGGGGCUAAUGUGCUACAACAACUAGGCCCUAAGUUCAAAUUGAAUUCUAAGCAUCAACAAUCUAGCAAACGGAAUAGAAAGGGGAAAGAAAAGGAGGAAAAUGAGGACUCGGGUCAUUAUUGGAAAAAGAAGAGUAUUUUCUUUGAGCUAUCAUAUUGGGAGCAUAAUUUGAUUCGCCGCGAUCUUGAUGUGAUGCACAUUGAAAAGAACGUGUGUGAUAAUGUGUUGUGGACGAUAUUAAAUGUUGAUGGGAAAGGGAAGGACAAUUUAAAUACUCGUCGAGAUUUGCAAGAAAUGGGAAUUCGGAAGGCACUACAUCCUCAGAAAAGGGUUGGGUACAAGUAUUAUUUGCCUUCUGCAUGUUUUGCCAUGAACAAUAGAGAGAAAAAUCUAUUCUGCACACUUCUAAAGAAUAUCAAAGUUCCAGAUGGUUACGCAUCUAAUAUUUCUCGUCGGGUUAACCUCAAACAGCGUAGCAUAUCUGGACUGAAAAGUCAUGAUAACCAUAUACUCAUGCAACAAAUACUUCCAAUAGCAGUGAGAAAUUUGUUACCGAAGAAAGUGGUUGAACCAUUAAUUGAGUUAAGCAAUUUCUUCAGGAAGUUGUGUUUCAAAACCCUAGACGUGGAUGGUCUAAAUCGUCUUCAGUCCCAAAUCGCUCUUACACUUUGCCAUCUUGAGAGAAUUUUUCCUCCAUCAUUUUUUGAUAUAAUGGAGCACUUACCCAUUCACCUAGCAGAUGAAGCAAAGAUUGCCGGUCCGGUGCAAUAUCGAUGGAUGUACUUUGUUGAAAGGUGUGUAAUUCUACUUUAA